UUAUUGCCCCCAGCCAGACUGAUGAUUAUGAGCUGCAAAGAAGGAACUCUGCUAUUCGGCUCAAAGCAGAAAAGCUGGAGAAGGCAUUAAAUUAUCUUGGGAUUCGGCCCACAAAUGAACAGCAGCAAGCCCUAAGGCAGCAACUUCAGAAAGAUUCUAAUGGAACAGUGUCUUUUGGAGAUUUCGUUGAAGUUUCCAGGAAUCUGUUCUCUGUGCAACUGAACGCACCAGAUGAUGACCAAAAAUCUGUAACAUUUGGGGUCGAUGAAAUUGCCAGCUUACUGGAUUCAAAGUUUGUAACCUGUGAUUCUUUGGAGAAUGACAUGGAGGAACUUAAGAAAGAAAGAAACGAAGCUUUGAAAGAAAUUAGUAAAUUAAAGGAAAAAUUGUCUGAAUCUGUGAAUUUACAGAAGAAGUUAACAGAGGAGCUACAAAUUGUCAAGCAAGAAGCCAAGGCAGCUGUCGAAGAGGCAAGAGCCCUGCGAAGUAGGAUUCAUCUUGCAGAAGCUGCACAAAGGCAGGCUCGCGGAAUGGAGAUGGACUAUGAAGAAGUCAUUCGCCUGUUAGAAGCUGAAAUUGGAGAGCUGAAGGCUCAGCUCACCGAUCAUUCUGGCCAAAAUAAAGAUAACAUCCAAGACUUGAGAAAGAGAGUUACAGUGCUUGACUGCCAGCUGCGGAAAUCAGAGUCGGCGAGGAAGACCUUUGAGGUGGCUACUGAAAAAUUGCUGCAAUUUGUAGAGGUUGUGCAUGAAAUACUUUCAGAUAACUCCACUUCCUCGACAGUUUUAAGUGACAGAAGAACAACAUUGUCUGCUAAAGCACUUCUUGCACGGUUGGGAAGGGUUGGACCUACUGUCACAACAGGUCUUGCAGCAGAAGCCCGAGACCUCGCCAAGUCUGUCCGUGCCAUUCUGGAAGUAGAUUGUCUGCCUUAUGGAUGGGAAGAAGCGUAUACAGCGGAUGGAAUCAAAUACUUUAUCAACCACGUGACACAGACAACGUCGUGGAUCCAUCCUGUAACAAGCACGCUAAACUUGCUUUGCUCUGAGGAUGAUGACGAUGGAAUAAGAGAGCAUCCUGGGCCCAAGAGCUGA